AAAAUUCCAAAUUGUGUGGGAUUGUAUGUGGGGGGAGGACCCUCUCUUGAGAGCCAGUUUCUCCGAGUCAUCCAAGGAUGCAGCCUCAUGUUGCAGACGCGUCUGGCCACCCUGUGCUGUCAUGACAUGACAGGGGGGUGGUCACCUCACUGUGUCCUGGCUCGGUCACCUAGCUUGGCAAUGUUUUCUAAGAGUACUGUCUACAGUGCAUAGUGAAGAAAGGCAUGCAUGGGAAUCGCCAGCAAGGAGGAGGGAGGAGAAGGCUCUGAGGAGAGGCACCUAAUACCUAAAAUAUUUUAUAAAUGUAUGACAACAUGUCCACAAUGGUGUACAUGAAGGAAGACAAGUUGGAGAAGCUCACGCAGGAUGAAAUUAUUUCCAAGACAAAGCAAGUAAUCCAGGGGCUGGAAGCUCUGAAGAAUGAGCAUAAUUCCAUUUUGCAGAGUUUACUGGAGACACUGAAGUGUUUGAAGAAAGAUGAUGAAAGUAAUCUGGUGGAGGAGAAAUCAAACAUGAUCCGAAAGUCCCUGGAGAUGCUGGAGCUUGGCCUGAGUGAGGCUCAGGUCAUGAUGGCGCUGUCAAACCACCUGAACGCCGUGGAGUCGGAGAAGCAGAAGCUGCGUGCGCAGGUCCGGCGUCUGUGCCAGGAGAACCAGUGGCUGCGGGACGAGCUGGCCAACACUCAGCAGAAGCUCCAGAAGAGCGAGCAGUCUGUGGCUCAGCUGGAGGAAGAGAAGAAGCACCUGGAAUUCAUGAAUCAGCUGAAGAAGUACGACGACGACAUCUCCCCUUCGGAGGACAAAGACGCUGAUUCCACCAAGGAACCUUUGGAUGACCUCUUCCCAAAUGAUGACGACGAACCCGGUCAAGGAAUCCAGCAGCAGCACAGCAGCGCCGCAGCGGCCGCGCAGCAGGGCGGCUACGAGAUCCCCGCGCGGCUACGCACCCUGCACAACCUGGUCAUCCAGUACGCCUCGCAGGGCCGCUACGAGGUGGCCGUGCCGCUCUGCAAGCAGGCCCUGGAGGACCUGGAGAAGACCUCGGGCCACGACCACCCCGACGUGGCCACCAUGCUGAACAUCCUGGCCUUGGUGUACAGAGACCAGAAUAAAUAUAAAGAUGCAGCUAACCUACUGAACGAUGCCUUGGCCAUCCGUGAGAAAACUCUGGGCAAAGAUCAUCCUGCGGUGGCAGCAACUCUGAACAACCUCGCAGUGCUCUAUGGCAAAAGAGGGAAGUACAAAGAAGCCGAGCCGCUGUGUAAGAGAGCCCUGGAGAUCAGAGAGAAGGUUUUGGGAAAGGACCACCCAGAUGUCGCCAAGCAGUUAAAUAACUUGGCUCUACUGUGCCAGAACCAGGGCAAGUACGAAGAAGUGGAAUAUUAUUAUCAGAGAGCCCUCGAGAUCUACCAGACAAAACUGGGUCCUGAUGACCCCAAUGUGGCCAAAACAAAAAAUAACCUGGCUUCCUGCUACCUGAAGCAAGGAAAAUUCAAGCAAGCAGAAACCCUGUACAAAGAGAUCCUCACUCGCGCACACGAAAGGGAGUUUGGUUCAGUGGAUGAUGAAAAUAAACCCAUUUGGAUGCAUGCUGAGGAGAGAGAAGAAUGCAAAGGAAAGCAGAAGGAUGGGACGUCUUUUGGAGAGUACGGUGGCUGGUACAAGGCCUGCAAGGUUGACAGUCCGACUGUCACCACGACUUUAAAAAACCUCGGGGCGCUUUACAGACGGCAAGGCAAAUUUGAAGCUGCGGAAACACUGGAAGAAGCAGCCAUGAGGUCUCGUAAACAGGGCCUUGACAAUGUUCACAAGCAGAGAGUGGCGGAAGUGCUGAGUGACGCUGAGAGCGCGGAGAAGCGGCGGAGCCGGGAGAGCCUCAGCGCGGACGCGGUCAAGUACGAGAGCGGCCCCGACGGCGGCGAGGAAGUGAGUAUGAGCGUAGAGUGGAACGGGGAUGGCACUGGAUCUUUAAAACGCAGUGGUUCCUUUAGCAAACUCCGGGCUUCAAUUAGACGCAGCAGUGAGAAGCUGGUUAGGAAGCUGAAGGGAGGAAGUUCACGAGACAGUGAACCAAAGAACCCCGGCAUGAAGCGAGCCAGUUCUCUGAAUGUCCUUAACGUGGGUGGCAAGGCGGCCGAAGACCAUUUCCAAGGCGCCGCCGGCAGAGCCCCUUUCCAUGGACAACGACAGCAGCAGCAGCGGCCUGGAGGACGCCAGCCUGAGCUGAGGCAGCCGCGGAGGAGUCUGGCCUGAGCUGUGUGCGCGCCCCGAGGGCCCGGUGACGCCGUGAAGGUCGCGAGGCUGGAGGGCCUGGGGCGGUGCCUGCAGUGCUGACCAGCGCCCCCAUCCCAGAGCCCUGACCCCCCACGCCUCUCGCCGCGAAGCCCCAGGACGGCACGCGUGCCCCCAACCAGCCCGGCCCGGGCCACUGCUCUGUCCCUGUCCCGGGCUACGUGUGAUCAUGUACUUUACUGUAAAUUUCUAAAAUUAAACUUUAUACAUCUUA